UUCUAUAAAUAUAUAGAUUGUAUGCAUAUGUGUUGUGGUAUCGAUUCAGUUACACGUGAGGGAGAAUUUGGAAUGUUUUCGAAAGUGUUCACUUUGAUGAGUUUGAAAUCAAGAAAUAGUGAUUAAAAAUUCAAAGGAAAGUUGCAGAACAUCAAUGGCGUUUUCUUCUUUCUUUGUUUCUAUCAUCAUCCUCUCUUUCCCAUCUUCAAUCUUCCCUUCUCCAGAUGCCCCCCUCUAUGAUUACUCUGCUUACACACAGUGUAAACUGGAACCCGAGGAUCCACUUUACGAUGGAGGAAUUCUGAAAAAUGAAGCUGCAACAAUGGAAUUCAUUACGGAGGGUAACGGGACCAUGGUCUCAUGGCCUGCUUUCGUGCUGUCAAGUCUUCAUCCUUCAACCUUCUACAGUUUUUCCAGUUGGAUCAAGAUCUCCGGUUCAAAUUCAUCCUUGAUUACCGCAAGGCUAUCAACUGGAAAUUCUUGUGUAGGGACAGUUGUUGCACGUCAUGAAUGUUGGUCCUUCCUCAAAGGUGGAUUUUACAUAAAUUCAGAAUCAAAUCCCUCCCUACUCUACUUCCAGAAUUCUGAUGACAAGGAGAUUACCAUAACAAUUUAUAGUGCAUCUUUGCAACCCUUUACUAAAGAGCAAUGGUCACUUCAACAACAGUACAAGAUCAACACCGAAAGGAAGCGUGCUGUCACAAUUCAUGUGUCAGAUAAACAAGGAGCUCGGCUACAAGGGGCAGUGAUCCGUGUGGAACAAGUUUCGAAAGAUUUUCCAUUUGGAUCCGCUAUAAACAAUUACAUCAUUGGAAAUUUACCUUAUCAGAAAUGGUUUGUGGAACGAUUUAAUGCGGCCGUAUUUGAAAACGAGCUCAAAUGGGCUGCAACCGAGCCUAAACAAGGGGUAUACAAUUACACAUUAGCCGAUAAAAUGCUUGAUUUUGUUCGAGCAAACCAAAUUGUUGCUAGAGGUCACAACAUUUUUUGGGAAGACCCAAAAUACAUACCUUCAUGGGUUCUUAACCUAACCGAUCAUGAGCUAGAGCUAGCAGUGAAACAAAGAAUCACAAGCCUAAUGACAAGGUACAAAGACGAAUUCGUCCACUGGGAUGUUAGCAACGAGUUUCUUCACUUUGAUUUUUACGAGGAUAAACUUGGAAAAAAUGCUACUUACGAAUUCUUUAAAGCUGCACAUGAAGCCGACCCUUUAGCGACACUUUUCAUGAACGAUUUUAAUGUUGUGGAGAGUUGUAGAGAUGUUAAAUCUACAGUCGACACUUAUAUUUCGAAAAUGAUUGAUUUGAGGAGAUUUGGAGUUUAUAUGGAUGGGAUCGGAUUGGAAAGUCACUUUGAAGUACCGAAUUUGCCUUUGAUGCGAGCCAUUCUUGAUAAAUUUGCAACUUUACAACUUCCGAUUUGGCUUACGGAAGUUGAUAUCGCGAAUACCUUAGGCCAAGAUAUACAGGCAACUUAUUUGGAAGACGUUUUGCGUGAAGGCUUCUCACACCCUUCAGUGAAUGGAAUAAUGUUGUGGUCUGCCUUGAAGCAGAAUGGAAAAUGUUACCAAAUGUGCCUAACUGAUACAAAUUUCAACAAUCUUCCAGCUGGUGAUACUGUCGAUAGGCUUCUAAAAGAAUGGCAAACUGGGGUUAUCAAUAGUCAAACUGACGAACAUGGUACUUUUAGCUUUUAUGGGUUCUUAGGCGAAUACACGGUCAUGGCUAAUUUUAGGGGCAAAACUACGAACUCCACAUUUUCCGUUAGUAAAAAUGAUGAAACAAGACAUUUUAGCAUUCAGAUUUGAAUUAUAUGCAUCAAGUCC